AUGAUACCUACCGGUGCCGCUGCAUUAGUAGUACCACUGUACCUAUCAGUAGCAUUGUUUAUACUGCAAAACUAUGAACGACACCGAUCUAUCCAAACAGACCGCGACCAGAUUGGCCAGAAUUACGAUUUUAUUGUAAUCGGUUCGGGUUCGGCCGGUUCGAUAGUGGCCAGACGUUUGGCCGAAAUUGGUGUCGACGGCGGCGGCGGUUCACGGGUGAGUGUACUGCUUCUGGAGGCCGGCCAAACGGCCGGCGGCAAUACCGACAUACCUGGUGGCGGCUACUGGGAGUUUUUCGGUAGUCCUAUCGACUGGAACUAUACUCUGGACGAACAGCCGGUUGGUAUUGGAUUUCCGAAUCGCCGGAUACCCGAAAGUCGUGGUCGAGUGAUUGGCGGCAGUUCAUCGGUUAAUACAUUGAUCUACAAUCGCGGUAAUCGCCGCUGUUUCGACGACUGGGCCAACAUUUACGGCUGCAAAGGCUGGACCUAUGCAGAGGUGUUGCCGUUUUUCAAGCGCUGGGAAAACCAGACCGACCCGAAAUUGUUGGUCAGCAAUGGCGGCACUUAUCAUAGCUCGCGUGGCCGUAUACAGGUGUCCUCGUGGCCCAAUCCGCCGGAGAUUAUGAUCAGACAUCAGCGGGCGGCCAAUGAGUUUGGUUUCGAUAGCACGGAUAUCAACGGUCCGCAACAAUUUGGUACUACAUUAGGCCAGGCAUUCAUAGGUACCGACGGUGUCCGGUCGAGUGCAUCGAACGGCUAUAUCGAUCCGAAUCCCUAUCCCAAUAAUCUCCAUAUAUUGGCCAAUGCCUACGUGACACGUAUUUUAUUUUCGGGCAAACAUGCGGUCGGUGUCCAAUACGAGAGAUACGGUAGGAAACAUACGGUUUAUGCUAGACGUGAGAUUAUUUUGAGCGCCGGUGCCAUUGAAUCGCCACAUAUACUGAUGGUGUCGGGAGUCGGACCGCGUAAACAGUUAGACAAGUUCGGUAUACCAGUGGUGGCCGACCUGCCGGCAGUGGGCGAGUACUAUCAAAAUCAUGCCGGCGUUUCGCUGAACUUUCUCCUGAACGAUACCUACCGGCCAAUGUACGGUACCGGUGCUCAGGUAACCAUGGAAAACUUGUACGAGUUUUACGCCCAUCAUCGGGGUCCACUGACCAAACACUAUCGGGCCAUAACCUAUAUGUAUACGCCAACCGUUUCAGAUGAGGGACACGACUAUCCGAAUGUCGAUUUCGAAACCGGUCUCUAUCUGUUUCCCGAAAACCUAACCGAAUGGACAGUACGCUACGACCGGCAACGCGAAUGGGAUCAGUUUAAUCGGCAAUUUGUCGGUAAAUACUAUUUUUUUGUACACACACUACUACAACGUGUCCGCAGUCGCGGUUAUGUACGGYUACAGUCGGCCAAUCCGUAUGUCUAUCCGCGUAUUAAUCCACGAUUUGUGUCGCAUCCGAAAGAUUAUGAAGAUUUAGUCGAUGCUCUGAAAUAUAUGUUCAGAUUUUUCGAGAUCAGCUCUAUUGCCAAAUACUUGGCACCUAUACGUCCGAUACCCGGUUGUCGACUGUGUCCCGGUUUCGUACACGAAUGUGACCAAUAUAUCCGAUGUGUUAUUGAACAGCAAACCGAUGUCGGCUUUCAUUCGGCCGGUACCUGUCGUAUGGGUCCAGUCGAUAGUCCCGAGRCUGUAGUCGAUCCGCGAUUGCGGCUAAAAGGUAUGGACGGUCUGCGUGUAUGCGAUGCCUCGGUUAUGCCCCUAAUAGUUAACGCCAACAUCAAUGCCGCUACGCUAAUGAUUGGCGAAAAAUGUGCUCAAAUGGUCAAAGAGGACAACUAUGUCUGAGAAA